GUGAGGAAGCAUGUGGAGAGAGCUUGACCCUUAACCCCAACCCUAUGUCGUCAUUUCCCCGAGACUCAGCGGCUAAUGCCUAAUGCUGCUGAGAGGGAAAGAAAGAGUGAAGAGAGGGAGGGAGGAAAGGAGAAGGAGAUCAAGAAAGGGAGAGUAGAGCGCGAAAAUUUCGUCCCCGCUUCUUGGCGCGAAUCUGGCUGGAAAAAAAUAAGAGCGAACAGCAGUCGCUAGUUGCUUUAUAGAUACUUGUUCUUGAAGCUACGAGCUCUCGAGCUCUUGUGUUACUGCAGACUAGCUCGCUCGUUAGCAUUUUUAACAUUCUUUACCACAGACCACAUCUCAUCUUCAGAUCUCUAACUUUAAAGCAUUUUAGAGUGCAGUAGUCGCGUCAAGGUGGUCGUAUAAAAUCUGCACAAUGGGGAGAAAAUCAAACAGAGCAAAGGAGAAAAAGCAGCGAAGACUCGAAGAACGGGCAGCUAUGGAUGCGGUGUGUGCUAAGGUGGAUGCAGCCAAUAAGCUUGAAGAUCCUCUGUCUGCCUUGCCAGUGUUCAAAAAGUAUGACAGAAAUGGGAUAAACCUGGAGAUUGAAUGUAAGCGGGUAACUGCAUUGAGUCCAGAUACAGUGGAGUGGGCCUAUGAGUUGACUAGAGCCAACAUGCAGACGCUAUAUGAACAGAGUGAGUGGGGAUGGAAGGAGAGAGAGAAAAGGGAGGAGAUGAAGGAUGAGAGAGCGUGGUAUCUCCUGGCCCGUGACGUUGGCUCCAUACCUGUAGCAUUUUCCCACUUUCGAUUUGAUGUGGAGUGUGGAGAUGAGGUUUUAUAUUGUUAUGAAGUUCAGCUGGAGAGUAAAGUCAGACGGAAAGGCCUGGGGAAAUUUCUCAUCCAAAUCCUUCAGCUUAUCGCAAACAGCACACAAAUGAAAAAGGUCAUGCUGACAGUAUUUAAACACAAUCAUGGUGCUUACCAGUUCUUUAGGGAUGCUUUACAGUUUGAGAUUGACGAAACGUCACCCAGUAUGUCCGGUUGCUGUGGAGAAGACUGCUCCUAUGAGAUUCUGAGCCGGAGAACAAAGUACGGCGAGGCCUCGGGACAUGCGCAUGGGGGCGGCCACUGUGGAGGCUGCUGCCAUUAAGAGCGAGCCUUCCUCUGUUGUUUCAGAGCUUCCUCAUCCUCAUUCCCUACCCUGCUCCAUCACCCACGACCCCCUCUUAGAAAGCCCUUAAAACAGUCUCUCCUGCCCAUAAUCAACAAUGAAACCCCCUCUAUGCUUGCUCUUGGUUUUUAAACUCAAAAAGCUCAUUCACCAUUUCACAUAGUAAGUGACGUUUUCAGUCUCAUAAAGGUUUGAAUGACAGAAAUGGCAGUAAAGGCCACUGUGAGCCACUUUCUCACCUCAGGUAUCAGCAUGGUGAGGCUCAACUCUGUCUUUGCAUUUUGUCCAGAUGCAAAAAGAGCCUGCGUUUUUUUUUUUUUCUCCUCCAGAAAUUGUCUGUCACUCAUCAGCUGUUUUAUUACCAUAGUGAGCGAAUGCAGGUGUUGGUGACAGUGGUUGUUACAGCCAUUCCACUCUAUACCACUUUUCAGGGUAAAUGUAUUUUAACUAAAAGCUGUCGUUUGCUUAUCACUUAAAGAAACAGAAUAUGGCGAUCUGUACUGUUUAUAAUUAGUAAUCACUGAACCUAGACUGUCUCAGGUCAUUCAAUUUGUAACAAAAUGUUUUAUAACAGCUGUAUUAGGGAAUUGGUGGAUUGGAAUUAUGUUGAUGUUUGAUUUGAUACAGGGGUUGGCAUGUUAGUUAUGGUGGACCCUUAGUAUAGAAAUAUACUUUCAUUUUUUUUUUUAUCAUAACAUUCUUUUAUCAUGUCAUUACUGUAUAUUUCCAUUUUUUCUUCUUUGUAUAUAAUCCGUUUGCCAUGUACAUUUUAUUUGCCUUCAGAGACAUUGGGAAAAUUAUAUACAAAACUUAAAAAGGUUUGAGAGAUGUGUUGCUGUCUUGUGCUCUCUUGUUGAACUGAAACGAAAGGUCAUUCCAGCUUUAUGUGUUUGAUUUGUAUGCAACAAAUAAAGGAAUCUUGUUUGACUUAA